AAGCUACUAGUGGUCCGGUGAGGGACGUCAAAUGGUACCGCCAGCUUGGUGGAACACCGCUAGUGGCUGAUACCGGCUGUUAUUUAUCGUCAAGUUUACCAUACGAACUCAAGACUGAUGUGUCGCUUGAUGAGUAUAUUUUUCGGACAGAUAAACAUAAUGUGAAGGGUCUUUGGGAAUGGGAGAAUGGAACCGUUCGUGUUAUCGAACUUCCUUCAAAAUUUCACGAGAUUUACGUCGGUACUAUAAUGAAGUUUUUAGGCGCAUCAGUUCUUCCCGUAUGUUUCUAUUACUCACCAUCUUUGACUAAUAGCAACAAGAAAGGCUGUGAAGCGGAUGGGUCUAUUAUACCUGUAGGAAAACCUCAAGUGUCCCACGGUGGAUCUGAUGGAGGAGUACGAAGAAAUGAACCCUGGCCCAACCUUGUAAUAGAGGUCGCUUAUGCCGUAACCGAGGCGGAACUUAAGAGGAAAAUAGAGACUUACUGGCUCGCACCUAAUAGAGCUCACGAUGCAAUGGGCAUCAAGCUAAACUAUACACCGGGCGUGCGUCCAACGAUAAUCGAUAACUCGCCAGCCAUUGGUGCAUUCGCCCCCAUCAUGUAUGAAUUCGGCACAGUUGACCGUCAAGACAAUCCCAUCAACAUUGCACCGGGGCAAUGCGUGAUCAAUAUCCCAUUGAGAUGCCUUUAUGAUGGGAUGCCACCUACCUUCAUGAUUCCUUCACCCCCUCUACCUGACCCUAUUCCCCUCGAUCUCUUUCAUGUUCGGUGGGCUGUUUUAAAUCGUUAA